CUGAAGCAAGGAGGGGCUUGAAAACUUCCUCCUUAUGACCUCUGACUGCUUACAAUCUGCAAAAAAAAAAAAAAAAAAAAAAAAAGGAAUGACAGGCAUUUCAAUCCGGAGAUUUGGAGCUCGACUGCGUUUAUCGCGACUUCACAAAGUAUGGAAAAGCUCUUUUGAGAAGCGGAUCUCAGAGCCGGAGAAGUGAAAUGCGUCUGCUGUUAUGUCGAUCGAGUGGGCUUUGUUGGACAAGUUCUUGGGGCGUCGUAUGAUUUUUGUUUAGAGGCCCAUUGGAGAUCGACAUGGGCCAGACAUCUGUCUCCAGCUUGUCACAGAGAGCGAGCGUGGAGGGGCUGGAAAAAUCUUCUCUUGCCAACUGUGAUGUGGUGGGAAGCUCUCAGUCUCCUCAGCUGAAAGGAAAGGGUAAGCUCUCUUCACUGGGCAAGAUCUUUAAACCUUGGAAAUGGAGAAAGAAGAGGACCAGUGAUAAGUUCCAGGACCUCUCCAAAGUUCUGGAGAGGAAAAUAUCCACCAGGCAAACAAGAGAAGAGCUUAUAAAGAAGGGUGUGCUUAUUCCAGACCAAGAUGACCCUUUGAACACAGAGACCUUGAAUGGCCAUGCAGUGCCCAGUGGAGGUACUGAAAAGGUCAAAGUGGACAUUGAAACACCAGAACCAGUCCCAGAAGAGAAAUCAGACUUGGCGGCAGUGGCAGAGGAGCCAGAAGAAAGAAAUGACAGCAAGCACAUCCCACAAGCCAGUGAAUCAGCCGCUCUAAAACCCCCUGCUAAAAAACCCCCGACUACACUCCCAAAACCCUCAGCUGAAGCCACGAGCACAGGCGUGAAGAAAGGGGGGCAAGCAGGAGCUAAAAAGGUAACCAAGGCUACCAAUAAGCAGGUCUCUGCUCCUCCACCCAAACAAACCUCAAGAACUGCCACUCGUGGCAAUGCUAAAACUUCGAAUGCUAAAAAAACUACAGGCACAUCCAAAGGAUCCUCUCAGGCUUCAGGUCAAUCAUCUUCACAGACCUCCUCAAAAACCUCCAAAAACAGCAACUCAGAACAUACAGGACAAGCCAAGACUGGUAAGAAGACUGAACCCUCCAGGUCGCAGCGGCCCCUUUCUAAAACACAAGAGACUGUGGAAAGCUCCUCUAAAAAGGACCAAAAGAAAAAAGAAUUAACCACCAGUGUUAAUGAAAAGGCAGAGGAGAAAUCUCAAAACGGGAAGGGUGACAGUCAUCUUUCGAAGUGUGCAGAGACCGACAAAAGACAGUCUCAUGUUAACCAGGCCACAGAGGAAACCUCCUUCAUUGGGUCCUCAAAUGAACUUUCGUCAGAUGCGUCAGCUGAACCUGUGAACGUAGAGACUGAGACACAGAAAGAGAAAGCGGAUCAGACACAGAGGGAUGCUGGGAAGGAAGAGGGAGAGAGACAGCAAACUGUCAAUGUGGAAAGUGCAGAGGUCACCAUCAUUCCUGACUCCAUUCGGGAAAACCAGGCAAAUGACUCUGAUUCAGAUGGACCUAUUCUCUAUAAAGAUGAUGAUGAAGAGGAGGAUGAAGAUGAUGAGUAUACCUCUAGCUCCCUUGCCAGUAAAAUUCGCCGCAGGGACACUCUUGCUAUUAAACUUGGUAACAGGCCCAGCAAGAGGGAGCUUGAAGAGAAGAACAUUCUCCCACGAACCUCGGAGAUGGAGCGACAGGAGCUAAGACAGCAAAUCGGCUGCAAACUAGUCAGACGGUUGAGUCAAAGACCCACCACAGAAGAGCUUGAACAGCGAAACAUUCUAAAACAGAAAAAUGAGGAAGAAGAACAUGAGGCCAAGCAGGAGAUUAAAAGACGACUGUCCCGAAAGCUCAGUGUUCGGCCCACAGUCGCAGAAUUGGUGGCACGCAGAAUUUUGCGCUUCAAUGAAUAUGUGGAGGUCACAGAAGCAAAAGACUAUGAUCGACGUGCUGACAAGCCCUGGACUAGGUUAACCCCUGCAGACAAAGCUGCUAUACGUAAGGAACUUAAUGAGUUUAAAAGCAAAGAAAUGGAAGUCCAUGAAGAAAGCAAACAAUUUACAAGGUUUCAUCGCCCUUGAGGGGGUCUUUCUGGAGGCUGCUGAAUGGAGGGUCUUUUCCUCCUGCAGAGAGUGAACAGACUGACUCCCUGUGGCCGCCGGCUCUUCUCUGGCACCCGCUGCACUUCAUUUACUGCUUUGAGCCACUAGAGGGCUUCAUCGUUGCUAAAAACGGGCCUCCAAUGCCAUAAUGAAGAGAGAUUGAGAAUGAGGGACCUUCAAAGAAGCAAAAGAAAUGCAAUGGAUCUGUCACGUUUUUUUCAUAUCUGUAAUACUUUGCACACACUAAGGACAAAAACUUGCACUCUUUUAAUUUAAAGCGUCCCUGAUAUUCUCUCAAGGUUGAGCACAGCGGUGUUAAAGCCGUGCGCUGUGACUCAUCGGUGGCUCGCAUUGUUGCCGCGUGCAGCUCUGAGGGUUUCUUUUUGUCUAGAUGACAUAUUUCGAGCAGUAUUCGUGCAGUAAUAUCUAUGAAUAUCCAUGCAUGUGAUGAAGAAGAUAUUUUAUAAGAUUCAUGUAUCGGUGUACAAUACAUGGAAGUUAUUUGGACAUUGUGAUGUCCAGGUUGGUUACUGCCAUUAUUCCUCUGCGUAUUCAGAUUAAUCUGCAAUAUAAUAGAAUGUACUCUGAUUUUUAUGUUGUGCCUUGACAGUGUUUUGUUUGACCUGAAAAUGUCUGAUUACUUGAGUUGCACAUCUAUGGAAAAUAGAGACCAUUUGAUGAUUUAUAAUUUUCUUCAGAUUUUUAAUUUUUUUAUGUUUUCAGACACUUUUAUCAAAAUACUAAUGUUUUAAUUUCAGUAGAGUUAAGAAAUCAAUAUUUGGUGUAGUUAUCUUAAUGAAAAUAUUUAUUAUUCUGAUUAAUUAUAAUUUUCAGAGGAAGAAGAAUGCUAUAAAAUUGUUUAAAAUGAAGCAUUUUAGUGUAUAAAUAAUUUUUUUAUUUAAAAUCUGGAAAAAAUGUCAUCAGAACUUUCUAGAAUAAAAUUUUUAUUUACGUUUUUCCUCAACACCCAUACCUGAAUCCAGAAUUUUCAAGUGGUCUCUUUGUUUUUCAUAAUUGUGUACAUCUAUAUAUAACGUGUGUGUGUGUGUGUGUGUGUGUGUGUGUGUGUGUGUGUGUGUGUGUGUGUGUGUGUGUGUGUGUGUGGUUGUAACAUAUCUGAAACUACUGUUUAGGAAUGGUCUAUUAUCAUUUGUUUAUGACAAACUAUACCCUUAAGUUUUCUCCCAAUAUUUUUUUAUAGUUUUCCCAAAGUUCCAACGAACGUCUGAAUAAUUUGUCAUUUAGACUGUACAUACUUUUUUGGUGGGCUUUAUUGAAUAGGUUGGUGCAGACCAUAUACAAGAUUUGUCAAGCAAUAUAAUAUAGUGAAACAAUAGUUUUGUCUCAAACUUUAAAGGGCUUCUAAUCCAUUAUUUUAGUAUUGCAUUAUUGCACAUUUUUGGUGCUUCAUACACACACACACACACACACACACACACACACACACACACACACACACACACACAUAUAUAUAUAUAUAUAUAUAUAUAUAUAUAUAUAUAUAUAUAUAUGCUGUAUCUGAUUGUAUGUCAAAUGCAGAAUUUGCUGGACGCUCACUUCAGUUUUUUUGUUUUGUUUUUAUUGUUCAUGUACAGGUAGUUAGAACUUGGGGAAACUUUUAAAUUAUUUCAAAUCAAUUGUACAGUCUGUGUAUGAUAUAUGUGAAUACAUUCAGUAUAUUGCAAUAUAUUGGCUUGAUUUCUUUCGUAGAGAAACAUGUAAAGGUGGAUGACAACAAAUUAACGUGUGUUUGUCUUUUUAAAGGUUGUAGGUUUAAGAUUUAAAAGUUCUUACAUUGAUGAAAGAGACGGUUCCUUAAUACUGGAAAAGUUUCAUCACAUUUAAGCCAAUUAUGUUUAAUCAUGAUAAAAUACAUUCAAAAUGUCAAGGUAAAUGGACUAUGACAUUUUCAACUGUCACAUUUUCCCUGUAUAUUGAGAUAUAUAUUUAUAUUUAACAUUGCUCUGUAUUCUUCAAAGCAGAUUCUGAAAUAUAUCAAGUAAGGUCAUUUUCUCA